GCAUGGGGCUGAGGAUGGAGAGCGGCAGCAGGCGGAGCCAAGUGAGUGAAUACCCAGCUGUUGGCAUUCCCAGAUGUGGUCCAGCAAGUCCAUUUAAAGGACACUUGAGUACUAAGAGUAAUGCUUUCUGCAUUGACUCCUCCCAAAGUCUAACUAGCCAGUACCUGAUCAGAGAUCACAUGGUGUUUCAUUAUAACAAAAUCCUUUCAGCCAAAGCAGCUGUAGACUGUUCAGUGCCCAAAAGUAGGUUGACCAGCAUCAAACUUGCUGACCAGCAAAGAAGAGAGAAACUGAAAAAGAAGAUAGCCAGGUGUGAAGAGGAAAUGAGUGUGGGUAAAACUGCCUCCCGAUCCAGCUCCAGAGAGAGUGGAAGGCUGCUGCCAUCCUCUUUUGGAAAGAGUUUCUUGGAAGCAGAAGACAAAGACGGUCUCUUGCCCUGCGCUCGGCAGGCACAGUACCUAUCAAGAGCAGUGUCUCCUUAUGGCGAGCAUGGCUUGGUUCACUCCAGUCCCGUAAAAUAUGCCAGAAAAGAUUCUCGGAAUACGUCUAACGCAUCUAACUCAAACUCAAGUGUCAGUACAUCAAGUACACCAAGAAAACGCUCUGGACUUUCAUGCAGUUGCUUCACUGAUAGUUUUGUGAGCAUUAGUUGUUCCCAGAGGUGUCAAGGAAGCAACUCCAAAGUAUGCAGUGGGGAUCUUCUAGACAGGCACUCUGAAUUCUUUACUGAUAGCCGAAAACCUUUUACUCCACGCACCUUAAUAUCAGAUGCUAAAUCUUUCCUGUCAGAGUACAGGUAUUACACUCCUGCUCGAAGGAAAAGGAAAAAUCACUGCAAGCAGCAUGUGGAAGCUCAAACGCAGACUGAUGUGAUCAGCUUUCCAUCUGCAGACAAAGGGUCUGAGAGAAAAGUUAUGACUGAACAGCAGAAGAUCACAUUGAAGGCUGAAGAUAGAAGAUAUACUGUGGGUGAGCCUGAGAGAGGAAUAGCUGCUUUUCCAUACUCCUUCCUAAGAGAGACAUCGUUGUAUUCUCAGCAGUCUUCAGCAAGGAGGACUGUCGAGGCUGAAGAAGAAGAGCUUUUAUAUUUAGCUUUCAUUGAAGAUGUAACAAAUGAAAUUCUUAGCCUUGGGCUAUUUUCUAACAGAGUUCUCGAACAACUGUUUGAGUGUCACAUAGAAGAAAAUAAGAACCGUUUGGAUGAGAGCAAAAUGCGCCACUUGUUGGAUGUACUGAAAGCAGACCUCGGCUGCAGCCCGGGCAGCAGUGCAGAGGAGCAAAUCCACACAGGCUGGGAAGCCUUUGACUCGCCGGAUCUGCAAGAGUUUGAUACGAUGGAAGAGCUUGAGUUUACCAGUAAAAGUCAGAGGCAAAUAAAAGCUACAAAAAGUGAAGAAUUCUUUGGGACGAUGGACUUAUCAUUAAAGGAACCAAACAAAUGUGAAUCACCAGUAUGCAGGGAAAGGUCAAAGGAGACACAGAGCAAGGAUGACGUUUCAGAAGAUGUCGCUGAAAUGAGGGAUGCUGGGACAGAGUCCAAUUCUUGUGUGAAAUCUGAAGAAGACCCAGACACUUCACCCUCAUGUGAGGCAACUUUAAACUUGAUUACCUGUGACAGCGAUUUGGAAGCCAACAAGGAACUUGAUGAUCUUGAGGAAAGCUUUGCAGACACCCUUCAGAUCUCACGUGACUAUUCAUAAUAGUAGCCAAAACUUAGCUGUUAAAUAGGGACAGAGCUGCCAUUUGUUAAAUAGUAGUAAGUUAUUUGUUUUAUUUUCAGUUUAUUUCUGUUUAAAUACUGCUAAAAUCUCUCUAGGAGGAUAUUGUUAAUUGGGCAUUAAUUAAUCUCUGUAUUAAUGUAGACUUUAAAGGGUAAAGUGUCAGUUAUCAAAAAAAUUUUGUAUAUUUUCUCUAUAAUUGUAUAACUCAGA